AUGAAGUACGAUCCCUGGGUGCUCAUUGCCUCCGAGGCGCUGAACAAGGCUACCUCUAACUCCUCUUCUUGGGUCAGCUCUGUUGGCAACGCUCCUGUUAAGCCUGUCGACGACGACUUCUAUAAGUACGACGCCCAAAACAUCACCAAGUAUGCUCUCGGUGAUAUUUUGAAUGUUCGUGAGGUCGGUCUCGGUCAGUACAACUACUCCAAGGCUUGGCAGGUGCUUUACCGAAGUGAGAACACCUUCGGCUUCCCAGCUGCGACCGUCACUACCAUCGUUUUGCCUGUUGGAUACAACAGUACCGACAAACCCGCCAACGUUGUUUCUUACCAGCAGCAUGAGGAUUCUUCUUUCCUUGAUUGCAACCCAUCUUACAGCAUGUUCGGCAGCCCCGACAAGGAUCUCCAGGGUAUUUUGGACAAGGGCUACAUUCUGAACUUCCCUGACCACGAGGGUAAAAACUCCAGUUUCACUGCUGGUUUCCUCGAGGGAAAGAUGACUUUGGACUCUUUGCGUGCUCUUAAGAAUGCUCAGAACUUCACUGGUGUCAACCCCGGUCCUACCAUUAUGUGGGGCUACUCUGGCGGCUCCAUUGCUUCUGGCUGGGCUGCUGAGAUCCAAGCUUGGUACGCUCCUGAGCUUGAUAUCAAGGCUACUGCCGUUGGUGGUUUCGUUGUUGACUUGCUCGCCACCGUUGAGCUCGUUAACGGCACUCCCUAUGUCGGGUUCGUCCCCCCUGGUGUCCUUGGUCUUGGUGCCGAGUACCCCGAGUUCCAGCAGCUCCUUGAGGAACAGAUCAAGCCUGAUCAGCUGAAGUUUGCUAGCGAGGCUCUCUCGCAGUGCGUCUUGUCCGAUCUCGUUACUUACGCUAACGUCAACGUUUUCGACUUCUUCAAGAACGGCAAUGCUGUCUUGCAAAACAGCGUCAUGUUGGACACUCUUAACAACAACACCCUUGGUGGUACUACUCCCAAGGCUCCUUUGCUUGUGUAUAACGGUAUUGAGGAUCAGAUCGCCCCUAUCGGUAAGAUCGAUGAGGUUGUCACCAAGUACUGCAACGACAACGGUAAGGUCCGCUACAUCCGUGUCUCCGGCAAGGACCAUACUGGCACUUCUGCCGCCAAGGAUGGUGAAAUCCUUGACUCUUUCGCCGACAUUUUCGCCGGCAAGGUUUGGGACAAGUGUGAGGUUGAGGGUCUGCCCAUCGGCGAGUUCGGUAACAACACCGUCCCCAAGCCCAAGGUGUUCAACUCUACCAACUCCACUAACUCCACCAGCACUAUGAGCAACAACUCCACCCAGACCACCGUUGUGUCCGGCUCUGCGUCUGGCUCUGCCAAUGGUUCUGCUCCUGGCUCUGUAACUACUUCUGCUAAGGGUGGUGAGGCUUCCAAGACUGGCUCUGCUACCAAGGGCGGCUCUGCUACCAAGGGUGGCUCUGCUACUGGCUCUGCAACUGGUUCCGCUUCUGGCUCCGCCUCCGAGAGCGGUGCUUCAUCUGCUAACGCUGCCGCUGCUACUGGAAUCACUGGUCUCUUCGGUCUUGCCGCUGUUGCCAUUGCUCUCCUCUAA